CACAGUCAACAGGACUUUGGCUCCCUGGGUGCCUAGCUGCCACCGAGCUGGCCCCUCUGCUGUCUCCCAUUUUUCCUAGGUCCUGCUCCCCGCAGUCUAUGCCAGCAGCUGGGACCACAGCCAGGCCAGCAUGCAGGAAGGCGCCCACGUCCACCGGGCGAGGAAGGCCCAGGGAGGCCCCCAGAAGGAGACCUCAACCUCUCCGGGAGACGUGGACCGGUGGUUUGUGGUCCGGGUCACCUACGUGCUAACCGCUAUAGAGCUCACCUGCCUCUUCAUGCAGUUAUCCAUUAUGCCCUACCUGGCGAGGAACCUGGGCCUGGACUCCAUGGGCUUUGGCUACCUUCAGACCAUCUUUGGGGUUCUCCAGCUCCUGGGAGGCCCCAUUUUUGGCAGGUUUGCUGACCAGUACGGGGCCCGGGCAGCCCUGACUCUCUCCUUCUUGGCUGCAUCGGGGCUCUACCUGCUUCUCUCCUUUGCCACGAAUGUGCCUCUCCUCGUGGCGUCCCGGAUCCCAGCUCUGUUCAUGCAUGUGCUCCCAGGGGCCCAGAUGGUCAUCACAGACCUGACCCCCCCAGCAGAUCGCCCUGGAGCCCUGGGGAAGCUGGGCCUGUGCUUUGGAAUAGGAGUCAUUCUGGGCUCCUUGCUCGGCGGGAUGCUGAACACCAAGUUUGGGGUCUAUUUCCCUGCCUAUGUCUCCUUCUUGGCAAAUGUCGUCUGCGCCGUGAUCAGCCUCACCUGCAUCCCCACAAACACCAAGACCACCUCUGAAGUCAGAACAGCCCCAGCAGGCAAACCCCCCCAAGCAGCCAGUGUGUUUGAUUUGAAGGAGAUUGCUCGCCUCCUGAGCCUGCCGGGGGUCCGGCCUGUUUUCUUCAUCAAGAUCCUUUCCGGUUUUCCUUCAGGGCUCUUUUUGAUCAUGUUCUCCAUCAUCUCCAUGAACUUCUUCAAGCUGGAGGCUGCACAAGCUGGCUACCUCAUGUCCUACUUCGGGGUUUUCCAGAUGGUGGUCCAAGGCCUGGCCAUUGGGCAGCUGACUGAGCAGUACUCUGAGGACACCUUGCUCCAGGCCAGCAUCCUUGUCUUCUGUUUCGUGGGCCUGGCUAUGGCCCUGAUGACCAACGUCUUCCACUUUUGCCUCAUCGUUCCCGGCCUGGUGUUCAGCCUCUGCACCAUGAAUAUUGUCACGGACAACCUCCUCACCAAGUCAGUGCCCUCCUCAGACACAGGAGCCAUGUUAGGCAUCUGUGCAUCUGUCCAGCCGCUGACGCGGACCAUCGGCCCCACCAUAGGCAGCCUCCUGUAUCAGAGGUAUGGAGUCGCUGCCUUCGGUCACCUGCAGUUCGGGGUCAACUUUCUCCUGUUCCUGUAUCUGUACAAGAAGAAGAUUCCCCAGCAAGCCGAAAAAGCGCAGUGACCUUUGUCCCCAGAUGAGCUUGCUGCCCCCCCACCGACAAUAAAUGCCUUGGACCCUC